AUGACCGGAGUCAAAAUCGUGGACUUUGCCAAAUGUUCUGGCGGCUACUAUGCGCCGGCGACACUUUCACCCACGAAUAGUGAAGUUCUGUAUGUUUCAGGACAACCAGGUAGCACACGCGGAGGCAUUGUGCCCACAGACUAUGAGUCUCAGAUUCAUCUAGCCCUUCUGAACCUCCGCAAAAUCAUGAUUAUUGGUGGAGUUACGGUGAAGGAUAUUCUUAAGCUCACAUUGCUUAUUGUGAACUAUGAUCCGAAACAGCGCAAGCAUGCUCGACCACUAGAGAAGUUUUUGACUGGACAUCGACCUGCGAUUACACUGGUACCUGUCGCACAGUUGGCCGUGCCUGGUUGGUUGUUCGAAAUCGAUGCAGUCAUUGCUCGCCCCUCAUCAUCGGUUUCGAUUCCUCGCCAACUGUCACUCGAACCAGUAGAGAAAAUCGUGGAUGUGGUCAUCGUCGGUGCCGGACUUGCGGGUUUGGCAGCGGCAACUGAGUUGCAGCGAGCUGGCCACUCAUUCAUGAUUCUGGAAGCAAGAGAUCGUGUAGGGGGCAAAACGUGGUCGCAAGCAUUACUUGAUGGAGAACAAGGAGUAGUUGACCUUGGAGCAGCUUGGAUAAACAGCACAAACCAGAGCAAAAUGUAUGCCCUGGCAAAGAAGUAUGGUGCAGAGAUUUUGGAGCAAAACACGACUGGGAAGUGUGUGCUACAAGAUGCUGAUGGAAACUGCUCUACAUUUGAAUAUGGAGACCUUCCUAAAUUUAAUACCGCAAUUGCCAAAGACGUUGCCCGAAUUCGUGAUAUGGUUGAAGCUGAUUGUCAGACUCUUAACCCGGCCCGACCACAGAACGCUGAGUGGGACUCGGUGACUUUUGAAGCUUACUUGAGAUCUAGCGGCGCCAGUGCUGAGGCUCUCGCCACUGCUACAGUAUGGACUCGUGCCAUGCUUGGUCAAGAUCCCAAAGAUAUAUCCGCCCUAUAUUUCCUCACUUACUGCAGAUCUGGCGGUGGUCUACUUCAGAUGAGAUCGGAUCGUCUAGGAGGUGGACAACAUCUCCGUAUCCGUCAGGGUACACAGUUAUUUUCCAUUGGACUUGCGAAAGAUCUUCCGGAGGGAACUGUUUGCCUGUCUACCCCUGUCAGUUCCAUCACACAGGGUAAUAUUUCUUCCGACAUCGAGGUAACAACAGUGAACCAAAAGAAAUUCCGUGCACGAAAAGUAAUUACUACUGUUCCUAGCCCCGUGCUGAAAACAAUCUCCUUCACGCCCGACUUGCCAUCUUCGAAGAAAUUAUGGUCAGAAUCCUCAGUGUACGGCUAUUAUACGAAAGCUAUGAUGAUCUUCCGGACGCCCUUUUGGGUUGAGAAAGGAUACUGUGGGCUCUCCCAAUCCUUUACUGGACCUGCUGCAGUGAUUCGUGAUACCAGCAGCCUGCCAGACCAGAAACACAUUUUGACUUGUUUCGUGGCUGGCGAUCCAGGGCGCGUCUGGGCAGCAUUGGCAACAGAAGAGCGCGAAAUGGCCCUCGUUAAACAGAUUGGCCAGUUAUUCAAUUCCAAAGUCGAGGCAUCUCGUGACUUCGUCAAUAUGGUGACAUACGAGUGGAUAUCAGACCCAUAUUCGGGAUGGGGUUGCCCAUGUGCAUCGCUCACGCCAGGAGUCAUGGACACUCUUGGUGGAAGUGGACUGCGGGAGCCGUUUGGAGACCUACAUUUUGCUGGAACUGAAACAGCUGUUAAUUGGCGAGGCUAUAUGGAAGGCGCUGUAGAAAGUGGAGAGCGCGCUGCUGCUGAAGUCAUCCAGGGGUUGAAAGCUGGAGCUCUUGCACGAUUGUAG